GCGGGAGAGGAAAGGAGCGCGGCGGGAGAGCAGCGCCCGAGCCGAGGAGGCGGUGGCGGCAGGCGCCUUCUUGCACCCGAGCCGAGCGCCUCGUGCAGCCCUCAUUUCGGGGCCCUCGGGCGGGAGGAGCGAGCCCGGAGUCAGCCGAACAAAGAGCGGCGGCCCAACAGACGCCUCCCCGCGUGAGAUGCGAGCCAAGCGGCAGCCCGACCGGAGCGCAGCCGCGGAGGGAUGUUUGCAGCGGCCGCUGCAGCCGAGGUAACCCGGACCAUGUUGCGGGCGGAGCGGCCGCCGGCUGAGCCCAACCGGGAAGGGGGAGCGUCGAGCUUGGCCGAUCGCAGCCUCUCGUGGGGGGCCACAGCGGCGAGAGGACCCCGACGGGCGCAGGAGCCGCCGGACAGGCGAGCGGGCAGGGCUGCGCGGGGACUGCAGCCGGGAGCCGUUUGACCGCGGAAAGGAGAAGGAGCCGCGUCGGGUACCGGCGCUCCUCGCUCUCGUUGCGACCGGUCGGCGGGAGUGAGUCCAGCGCGGGAGCAGCAGAAAUCAAAUCGCCUCGAGGAUUACCGAAGGCGGACGGGAGACGCGUCUCUCAGCUGCCCCUCCCGCGCCUUUCCACCCCCGUGGCUCCUUUUUCCAGUUACCCUUCGGCAUCAGCGGCCAGCAAGGACUGGCAAGCUCGAAAUCGCUCAGCAAAGCGCAAGAUCGUUCAGAGGGGCAGUGGCAAGAGAGACCCCCGCCAGUCGGCCACGGGCGCUCACUCACCGGCUGAGCCGCUCCGGAACUCUCAGAAGACGCGAGUUUGGCGCAAAAGGCGGAAAAGAGGCUUGCGAGUCUUAUCUGCGCUCUUCCACCGCCGCCCCUUCCUUCCUUCUUAAGGGUCCGAGUUUUGCAAUCCUGGCCAGGUUGGAUUAGCGCGCUGCCCGCCCGGCCGCCCGCCCGGUGCGCACGCAGGGAGGUGAGGCGAAGCGAAGCGGGAGGGAAGAGAUGAUGCCUCAAGCCGGAGGGAAGGCUGCGCUGAUGCUGAGCGCCGUGUUUCUGACCGCCUUCCUGGCCGCGGUGAGGGGGCUGCCCCUGAGGAAGCACCGCCACCACAGCCUCAGGGAAAGGGGCUACAAGCUGCUGGAGAUCUCCACUUCAUCAGACAUGGCUUCAGUCAAAGAAGAGGACAUGCCACGUUCUAACAAAGUCCGGAACCUGAGACAAAAUGGACAGGUUGUGCCCCGCCGUCCCAGACGCCGUUGGCCAUUGCAGCAUGUGGCAAGGAACCAAUUAUCAUCACUUCAGCCCAGUGGCCCAAUCCAGGAAGAGAGCACACCUUUUGUGCUGGAUUUACAGAACUUGCCAGGCUUAGCCAAUGUGGAUCUGAGUGCUCAAAACCCAAACAUACAGGUGACCAUUGAGGUCGUAGAUGAUCCUCAGGCUGAGAUGGAGAUGGACCUGCUGAAAGAGACCAGCAAUGACUGGUCACUGACUUCCACUGAAUGGCUGUCCCACAAAGACCUCUUCUGGCCCCUCUUCUGGGAGUACACAGAUCCUGUAGUGGAGGGGGAUGAAGAUGGCAACUUGGACAUAAAGAACCGGGAGGAAGAGGAGGAGGAGGAGGAGGACUAUACAUCAGAGUACGAUGAGGAGGAGACGGUUCUGAGUGGAGUGGGAGGGGACUGGGACCAGAGGUGGCCCAAUCAGAAGAACUGGAUCUUUAAAGAAAAGUACAAUUAUGAAUAUGAAGAUGAAGAGGAAUGGAGCUCUUGGUCCCCCUGCAGUGUCACCUGUGGCAGUGGCAACCAGAAGAGAACCCGGUCUUGUGGCUAUGCUUGUACUGCCACCGAGUCAAGAACCUGUGACCUGAACCACUGUCCUGGAGCAGAUGGAGAGUUGGCUUCUGCCACUGAAGAGCCACCAUUUGAAGCUGAGAAUGCCACAGAGAUCUUAAACUCAGAUGUGGACAGCUGUGAGAAGUGGCUGAACUGCAAAAGUGAUUUCCUCAACAAAUACCUGAGCAAAGUACUUUCUGACCUGCCCAGCUGUCCCUGCUCGUACCCACUGGAAGCUGUUUACAGUGCAGUGAACUUGAGAGAUGAGCAGCAGGGCAAAAACUUCCGCUGGCGUGAUGCCAGUGGGCCCAAGGAGCGACUGGACAUCUACAAGCCCACGGCCCGUUUCUGCCUGCGCUCCAUGCUCUCCUUGGACAGCACCACACUGGCUGCCCAGCACUGCUGCUAUGACGAAAACACCAAGCUGAUCACUCGAGGCAAGGGGGCCGGCGCUCCAAACCUCAUCAGCACAGAGUUCUCCCCUGAGCUUCACUACAAGGUGGACAUGCUGCCUUGGAUCCUCUGCAAGGGAGACUGGAGCCGGUACCAUGCUGUGCGGCCUCCCAAUAAUGGGCAACGGUGUGCUGACAACCCCCCGGAGGACGAAUACCUCUCUCAGCUGCAGGAGGCCAAGGAGUAUUAGCAUGCCCUGAAAGCGGGGCUGUGAAAAGAGAACAGUUUCAGUCUCCCAUACAAUCUGCUAAGAGCAUAGCAGUCUCCCCCUUUUACAUCAGGUUUUCUACAGAGUUGUUAUCUUUUGCUUUUCAUUCUCUUGAUAACGAGGUAGUCUGUAGGAAAGCUUACAUGAAUGCCACAGUAGCUCCAGUCAUGUCUUUUCUACAACAGGACUUCCUUGUUACCCCAGCAAUUCAUGCUGUCCAGUUGGCUGAAAGGGGCUCUCUUCUCACUCCAGCAGAUUUUCUCUUGGUCUUUCGGGAAGAGCCCAGAGAAGUGAAAAACGGGAACAGCAAUGGCAGGCAAAGGGCUGCUUUUAAAAGAAAGGCCUGCCUUGUAUUGUAUUCAUGGCUCAUUUGCAAAGCAGACUUUUAUGUUCUUGCAACUCGAAAAAGUCUGAUUCCUGAUGGUUUUACCUAAAUUUCUAAAGUGGUUUGGGAAGGAUGACAUUGCACCAAAAUUAUGUUUAAGAUAAAAAAGGAGGCUUUCAGAGAGGCAAUCGGAUCUCCAAACCUCUGUAAUUUGAGAUGGUCCCAGGGAAGAGAGAGGAUUGCUUCUUCCAUUUCUUACAUUCCACACAAUUUGGGAGAAUCUGGAGGAAUGCAUUUUCUGGGAUGGAUCUGAAAACACAUCCGCUGGAGGGAAAAGGAGGGCUGCCUGCUCCCUAGGUCUGACGGGAACAAACAGGAUCUGAUUUCUAGCCAGAAGGUCAGGAAAGGAAAUGACCAAAUGUCUCAAUUCCUUUCUUACCUUUACUUGUGACAGGCCUGGGGUUCCAUCCAGCAGUUAAAUCUGUGAAACCAGGUAUUCUGGGGAAACUGUGAUAUACACCUGUCAGUAACACGCCCAUGGCCUUCAGCCAGGUCUCUUGUCUCAAACACUAUGCAAAGAAAAGGCUGUCCUUGGCCCUAAUAAAGCACUCAGGAAGGCAGGCAGGAAUGAUGUCACUGUGAGGAACAAAAUCUCCCAGUCAGUGCAGCUGGGUUUCUAGAAGACUGACUGCCCUGAUAGAGGCUGAUCGGGUAGUUUUACCUAUUAAUGUGCUUCGUACCAAUAGGCUCUUCUUUUGUUUUCAGUUUUUAAAUGUUCCACCCUUUCUCUUUUCCCUUCAAAGCUUUGAUUUUCUUGCUGUAGUGCAGGAAAUAGUCUAAUAGUUCAAGCAUAGUUGAUACUCCACUGUGUUGGAGUGGUUCUGUUCUGACAUCUAGUGGCCAUGCAGGGGCUGAACAGCCUUGUAUUUCAGCCCAGUUAAAGAAUCUUAGCCAGAAUCCUGGAAAUGUGCAAGUGAUAGAUAUCCUUCCUGUGGGCUGCCUGAACAUUCUUUUAUCUCCUUCUCCCUCUAAAUACAGUCUCCAGCCCUUGUCCUUUGCUGCAUUUACUGGCUGAGAACACAACCUUCUCUGAAACCUGGAACCAUCUCCAGGGUGCCAGCCCUGUCUCUGGUUCAAGAUAGGCUCCUUGAUACCUGGGCCUCAAAUGUAUGUUGCUUUUAAAAACCCUUAUUUUUAUUCUUAGCACAUACAGUGGUAGAACUGUCUGGCAAUGAACUGUAUUUUUAAAUGCCGAGUGUAUCAGAGGGCUUUUGUUUUUUGAACUUGAGAUGCAAGAUAGACAUUACACAAUAGGCUAAAUCAUCCGUUGAUCACAUUUUAUCCCAUCCAUCCUCCAAGAUGCUCAGGGCACCUUUCAUAGUUCACCCCUCUUCCAUUUCAUCCUCACAACAACCUUGUGAGGUUGGUUAGGCUGAGAGACGAUGAUUGCCCAUGGUCCCUCAGUGAACCUUGUGGUGGAAGAGAGAGGGGCCUCUGAGCUUUUGAGGAAGAGACUCUCCAUCACAGAGAAAAGGGAAAGAGAACCAGCUUCUCCUUCUUUCAAAUGGCAGGUGGUUAUAGACCUGCUAUUGCUUGCAGUCGCUUAGCUUCUAAAUCAUCUUGUAGCGCUGGCCCCAAAACAUGAUGGUUGUUUGCUGGGAUCCAGUUUGCUAUACUCUAGAAGCCCUAAUAGGUAGCACUAGGGAGAGAUAAUCCUAACACAGUCCUCACACAUACAUCCAGUAUAAAAUCAAACUGGUUUUCAAUUUUCCAAUUCAAAGGAUUUCAAAGGAGAGAGAGAUCACUCUGUGUUCAUAGACGAUUGAGUAUUUUCAGCUGCAUACCAGGAAGUUUUGUGCGGAGUAGGUCCUUUUCUGUUUCUACAAGCAGCUUUGAAAGGUCACUGGUAAAAUACUGCCCAAGCUACUUUGGGUAGCUUAUUUAAUACCUUUAUAAUUGGCAGCCAGAAGUAGUUGGUGCCAGCCUGUACUCAGACCACAGUUCCUUUUCCUUAAGUCUGUGCAGUCUUACACCUCAUUCCCACAUUCAGGAGAAUGAGGAUCUGCCACUUCAGUCUCCCAAAAUGUGUGGACACAACCCAGAGAUUGUUAGAGUGGGAUGUGCCAUUUAAAGCUACAGGUGGUAGAUUCCAAUUUUUUUAAAAAAAAAAAAAUUUUUUUUAAAAACCAAAAGGAGAGAGAUUCUAUCCCCACCCGCUCCAAGCUCACUAUGUUGGGUUUUCUCUUUGUAGGGAAAUGUUAACCUAGGCGAGUGUUCCAAACUAUGAUCCUUCACCUUUAGUUUGAAUUGGUGCAGUACAUUUUACUGCUUCAGGUCUUUGCCAUCUCAUUUCUCAUCCCCAUAUGUGUGAGCUAAGGUUUAACUACAUUACAUGGAGUCCUGUGACAACUUUAAGGGAAUUUUAAAAAAUGUACUCAACUUGGCUGUCAAGGCUGCAAUUUGAAGCCAGAAACUAACAUGCGGAGGAGGGGGUUCUCUCUCUCUCUCUCUCUCUCUCUCUCUCUCUCACACACACACACACACACACACACACACACAGAGCUGCGAUCCAGAAUCAAUGCCUAGCUGACUGCUGGAUUCAUUUGCAUAUUAAGCAAACAGCUGCCAGCUUGCUAUGCUUCUGACAAUAGGAAUACCUCCAGUUUCGACAAUGGGAAAAUCUCUGGGUCAUGGAUGCCUGUGUAUCAAAUGCAAUCAUUCCCACAAGCACUUUGGUUCCCCUCACCCCUGAGCUUUGUAGUCACAUUUGGAUAACUAUUAAAACGAGCAUUUAUUUUUAUACCAUGUAACUAAGAUUCUGUCCAGUAAUUCCUAUUUAAGCUCUAAAAAAGUUUUGUAUUCCACCCCAUCCAUAAAAAAUGUAAUGCUAUAUCAGUACACUGUUUGUAUAUAGAUAUAUUUUAGUUCUACAAAAAUUGCAUUUAUGAGGUCACCUUUAUUCUGAUUUUAGAUGAAAGCACUUUAUUUCAAAAUGUGUGUGUUUGUGACCAAUAUGAUUCAUUUAUAUAAUACUGUGAGGUUUAGUUUGGUUUGAAAGGGAUAACACAGUGUUGAAAGAUGGCAUGUUUUAGAGAUCCAUCAUUAGCUCGUUCACACUACGGGCCCAGAAUGCUUCGUCAUCUUCCUUCUCUGUGUUGUGUUUUGAUUGUGAGGGGUGAACCUCAGAGCAAAGGGACAUCCAGAUAUUUGCUUACAAAGCACAGAUGUCUGGAAUGGAGACCCCUCAGAAGAAUCUUGGUUCUGGGUUGGCUGGAAAUCGGCCUCUCCUGUGGCAUUUUAGUGUUCCUGUUUCCAUACGGGAAAGGGGGGGGGACGUUUGAGGGCACGGCACACCUUUUUGUUGCUUUCCAAAGAGGAUUGAAUGUUUGUAUGUGGUUUGGGGUGGAAGGACUGGGGCAGAUUCUUCUUUAUAGCUGUUUCGCCUAUCCCAGCUGUUCUGCCGUGUUCGGUCUUUCUCUUGUACAGUAUUUAUUGGUUGUGAUAGCUAAAGAAAUGGAGAGGUGCUGUUCUGGUGAAUGAGGCCUCACUCUUGGGGGAUGUGUGUGAGAAAUGCCAAAAGGGAAGCAAGAUUGCAGAUGUCUCUUAUGAAUAAAUUCUAUUGUUAACACA